AUGGCCACUAUACAUCUGGGUAUCGCCUUGUUCUGGAUCCACAGCGAUUCAAGAAACAAGGAAUCUGACUUUCAUUGGGCCGUGGUCGCGACGGAAACAAGUUGGACCAACGGGGAUGGCAUUCAGACGUACGACAUCGCUCCUACUCUGGAUCGAAAGUGGGAACAACGCGUCCGGUAUAGGGAUCUGGCUGAGGAUCAUACCUUCUGCGGUAUCGUAGAGUUUGCCACUACGAAUCUUCCUGCAGAUGACGUGGACGAGUUCAUACGAGAUCGUCCAUCUGAGGACGACGGUUGGCGAAUCCAAGGUCCUCUACGAUGGUCCAGUCCCUCUUGGGCAUUAAAGAUCAUGUGUGAUCUAGAUGAAGCUGAGGUCUGGGAUAUUCCAGCUGAAAUCGGAAAGGAUGGACUGUUCGACGUUGUGGUCGGCAAGGGUUUCGUGAUGCUCGAGAUCGUUGAGGAAGUGGAAGAUUUCCCUGUGCUUUCUCUCGCAAGUUUUUGUUAUCUGUAUGUAAUGGAGACAUCUCAUGGUUCUCCAGCUUUGAAUUCUGGUCUGCCCUCUCAAAUUACCCAUUCGUCCGUGGAACGUAACAUACGGCGCCCUUUCAUUGGACAGCUCGUUAAAAUGACAGUUGACAUUACAGACACGAUAAAUAAAAGGAAGAUUCCCAGGAAGUUCAAGCAUGGAAUCUCGAUGAAAUACGCCAGGUCUCCGAUGAACGCUACCGUAACUGUGUGUUCCUACUGUAUUCACAAGUCGUCGACGUUGUGCAAAAGUUUCGGAGAACGGUUGCAGACAAGCCUCGACCCCGAAUCCACCGAAGGGUUGUAGUAGCAUAUAUGCGUAUAA